GAAGAUCAAACAUUAAACAUACAAAAAAGGUAAGAUCGUAAAAGUAAGACAUUCAGAUGCCGUGCAAUUGCACUUUUACUAUACCUAGGGCACAGGAAAGAUAAAUCACCCCAGUUUACAUCAGUUUAUUAGAUGAAAGCUGAAACUAUCCCAGUUGCCUAUCUAGCCCUGCCUCAUGCACUUCUGGGAAGUACAUGAACCCCACCUAAUGUAGCAAUUAUUGAAAGAGUGAUCAGCCAUCCUUUAAUGGCUUGAUUAAAAGAUUGAUCAGUCUGCAGUUUACAAAACCUCUAUUUUUGCUUCAUCCAAUCAUCUCAAAGUAAUCGAGCCCAAAGUUUUUUCAGAAACCAUGGUUCUAAUAAAUUAAUGUCAUCAAUAUUCACAUGAAGGCGACGGUAUGUCGUCUCCCAAUCGUGCGGGGCCGCGCACCCCAUUUCAGGAUAUAAGCAAUAACCAACCAUUGGACCCAAGCCCCCCAUUUCAAGAUUUAAGCAACAACCAAUCAUUAGACCCUAAAGAAUUGAAGAGGCAGAGGAACAAAGAGUAUUAUGCACGCAAUAGAGAUGACAUUCUUAGAAGACGUCGUGAAGCCCGUGAAAAGAAACAGGCUUCAACGGCACUGCUUGGUGAUGAGCAGAAUGUAGCACAUACACCCGAGCCGAUAGCCCAAGACCCUGACGAGCUUAGGAGGCAACAUCAGCCCUACAGUGAGUCAACAAUGGUCGUUGAUUCUGCUAACAACAAUGCCCAGGAAAAUGAAAGACGUACACCGGUGUCCAUGUCCAUUGAUCCUAAGGAAUUAAGGAGGCAGAGGGACAGGGAGCGGUAUGCACAAAACAAAGAUGAAAUAUUAAAACGACAACGCCUAUCUCGUGAGAAGAGAAAGGCUACAACUGCCAGGAUGACCGACCAUACCACUGUAUCACACACACCAGCUACAGGACAAUCCGGUGUCACCCAGCUCCAAAAAUUUACAUCUCCGAGCCUGUCGAAUAUACCAAGUUCAUCUCAGUCACCUGAAUGCGUUCCCCACUACAAGGAGAACAAGGAGAACAAUUUAACACAGGAAGAUGAAUCCAGUUGGCUGCACAGGAAUGAUGCGUACCACAUGCAACAAAUAGCAGGACGAAUAAGAGCUGUUACUAUGCCUCUUGCCAGCAAAACCAAACCAAUUAAACCCAUCAUCACGGAUAUUGCACGAGGCAACGACCAGACAGAUGAUCCAUAUGGAAUUUUUGAGCCCGUUGUUGAACAAGCCAAUUUAGAUGACUACUUGGAACCAUUGCCUAAUGGACAAGCUGCAUACCAUGAGCCUGAUGAAGAAGCUAGAAUAUAUAUGGAUAGAGGUGUUGCUUUCGAAUCGUACCAACUUGGACGCAAUACUACACGAGCACCACACAUGUCAAAUACUGAUGAAUUCAUAUACCAAAACCUACCUACAAAGCACCAUGUCCUGAGAAAGGUUGCUGACUGCCUUCACUGUGGGGCAUUGCGUUUUCCGUUCGAGGGGCCAGCGUUUUGUUGCAGAAAAGGAAAAGUCGGUAUAUUUACUCCAGAGGUUCCAGAAGAAUUGAAACGGUUGUUUACAAGUCAAGAAGAUGAGGAUGCUAAAUAUUUCAGAGAGAAUAUACGAUAUUUCAACUCGCACUUCUCAUUCACAAGUCUAGGCGUCACCCUUGAUCGCCGAGUAAGCACUACCGCAGGAACUCGCGUGUAUACAUUCCGUGCAUGUGGUGGGCUGUACCACGCUCUUGAUAAUCUGGUGCCGGCUGAUAAUGGCCCUCGGCAUUUGCAGCUCUAUAUUUAUGAUACAGAUCAAGACUUGGUUCACAGGGCUACUAGGUCUCCAGAUCUUAAUAUAGACCUCAUACGGAAGAUUCUGCAAAUACUAGAGCGUAACCCUUAUGCGCAAACUUUCAAGAGCCUUGGGUCUAUUCCCAAUCUAGAUGAGUAUAGAAUCUCACUAAACACGGAUAUAAACUUGGAUCAACGGAGGUACAAUGCCCCAACGACUUCGCAGGUGGCAGCGAUAUGGGUUGAAGGGAGCGACCCACAAAAUUGCUUUGACAGGAGUGUAGUCGUGCAUGGAAGAAAAGGAGACCGGCCCCUGUAUAUUAGAGCAUACUAUGGGUGCUACGACCCAUUGUCAUAUCCACUAUUCUUCCCAUAUGGAGAGACUGGUUGGAAUCGUUGCAUGCCAUAUGUUGGGGCCACGGAUGACACGACCCAAAAUACAGUACAUGUGUCAGCCGCGCAGGGAAACCAAGCCUCUGCUUUAUAUAUAGAGGAAAACUUGAUUAUAGAAAGAGAGCAAGAUGAGAAUUUUGCACCGCAUGAACCGGAUAAUCCUGCACCACAAGGAAACCCAGCCCCUGAUUUAUAUACAGAUGACAACGAGGAUAACCAAGAUGAGGAUUUUGGUGACGAUGAGGUCAAUGAAACACAGUCCAGGAAAUUUGUUAGUGCGAGGGAGUACUACUGCUUCAAGCUGCAAGUCAGGAAGAAGCUGCUUAACAUCAUCUUGUUUGGGGGUCGCCUUUUCCAACAGUGGGCUAUUGACAUGUAUAUCAAGAUUGAGACUAUGCGGCUUGACUGGUACUCAAAACCGGAAAAUCAGAAGGUUAUACGCGCUGACCUCUACCAGGGUCUUGUUGACACCGUCGUUGCCGGCGAGUCGCGCGGUGAUCGGAUUGGCAAACGAAUCGUGCUUCCACGUACAUUUCCUGGUGGUGAUCGCGACAUGCAGCGGAGGUUCCUGGAUGCGAUGGCAAUUGUGCAACGGUGGGGUAAACCGGAUUAUUUUAUCACAAUGACUUGCAAUCCCUAUUGGGAGGAAAUAACUGAAAAGUUGUUGCCUGGACAACUCCCGCAAGACCGUCCAGACCUGGUGGCAAGAGUAUACAAAGCUAAACAGCGAGAUAUGAUGGACUUGCUAACUAAGGGUAAGCAUUUCGGAGAAGUCGCAGCUUAUGUACAUGUCAUAGAGUUUCAAAAGCGAGGUCUCCCGCAUGAGCAUAUACUUCUAAUCAUGAAAGCAAAAAGCAAGUUAGCAACCCCAGAUGACUAUGAUCGGGUGAUAUGUGCUGAGAUACCUGACAAAGAGAAACACCCCGUUCUGCAUGAUCUGGUCGUGAAACACAUGCUGCACGGACCUUGUGGUGAGUUGAAAAAAAGUUGCCCUUGCAUGAUUGAUGGACAGUGCCGGUUUCAUUACCCGCGAGAUUUUUGUGAUGCCACACAACAAGGAAAAGACUCAUACCCCAUCUACAGGAGACGGGACGAUGGGCGCCGAAUUAGGAUCAGAGGAGCAGAUUUGGACAAUAGAUGGGUGGUCCCUUACAACCCUUCACUGCUUAUGCGAUACAACUGCCACAUUAAUGUAGAGGCAUGCUCCAACAUCAAGGCGGUCAAGUACUUGUUCAAAUACAUCUACAAAGGGCAUGAUCGGACAUCCUUUGCAUUCGAGCAGGAUAUCAUCAAUGACGGUGGAAUCAUCAAUGAAAUCCGGCAAUAUAGGGAUGCACGCUAUGUAUCUCCGCCAGAGGCUAUUUAUAGGAUUUUUCGGUUCAAGAUGUUUGGUGUCAGUCCAUCUGUGCUACAGCUCCAACUUCAUCUGCCAAACAUGCAUACAGUGGCAUUUAAAGCUUCUGAAAAUCUGGAAGAUGUUGUUUCUCGACCAUCUUCUUCCAAGUCAAUGCUUACAGAGUACUUUGAGAUGAACCAAAAGUUUCCAGCGGCACGAAAAUGGUUGUAUAGAGAGUUUCCAGAACACUAUAGAUGGAUAGCUGGUAAAAAGGUGUGGCAGAUGAGAAGAAAUAAGAGAGCACAGAUUGGAAGACUUGUGUAUGCACACCCCGCUGAAGGAGAGAGGUACUACUUGCGUGUGCUCCUAAGUCAUGUCCGAGGUGCCACUUCAUUUGAUGAUUUGAAAACAGUAAAUGGCAAUCCAUGCAGUUCCUUCAGGGAGGCAUGUGAGCACUUAGGCCUCAUUGAGCACGACAGGAGUCUUGAUGAUUGCAUGACGGAGGCUGCCACAUUUCAGAUGCCUUGUGCAUUGAGACAGUUAUUUGCGACUAUACUGGUAUUCUAUGAGGCAACAGAAAUUCGACAGAUGUGGGACAAACAUCUAGCAGCGAUGUCCGAGGACUACCGGCGUAAUCAAUCCAAUGAGGCAAUACUUGAGCAGAUGGUCCUCAGAGAUAUCAGUAAUAUGUUGCAAUCCAUGGGAAAGGAUAUUACAAAGUAUGGACUCCCGGAAUUGGUUGAGACCGAUGAUUCUUAUGACAGUGUCUACAGAGAAGUAACAGAGGAGAGGCAAAUCAGCAUGGACAAAGAACAUCUAGAAUUAUUUAAAAGUUUGAACAGUCAGCAGCUGGCUGGUUUCAAUGACAUAAUGGAUCAUGUGGUCAACCAAAAAAGUCAGAUAUUCUUUGUUGAUGGUCCAGGCGGCACUGGGAAGACAUACUUGUACAAGGCAUUGCUUGGAAAGGUGCGUUUAAUGGGCCAGAUAGCCAUCGCAACCGCUACAUCAGGUAUUGCAGCGUCGAUAAUGCCGGGAGGACGAACUGCACACUCCAGGUUCAAAAUUCCAAUCAAGUUCACUGACAACAGCAUGUGUAGUUUCACAAAGCAGAGUGGUACAGCUGAGUUGCUUAAGCAAGCGUCCUUGAUAAUUUGGGAUGAAGUUGCUAUGACAAAACGUCAAGCAUUUGAGACGCUUGAUAGAUCACUACAGGAUAUAAUGGAAAGUCGUUUGUUGUUUGGGGGAAAGGUUGUCGUUUUUGGUGGUGAUUUCAGGCAGGUCCUUCCUGUUGUGACACGUGGGACAAGAGCACAGAUCACAGAUGCUACACUUCUGAGAUCCUAUCUGUGGGAUAAGACACGCAAGAUAAGUCUCACGCGCAACAUGCGAGCACAGUCUGAUCCUUGGUUCUCCGAAUACCUCCUAAGGAUCGGCAAUGGAACGGAAGAGACAAUUGGAGAUGACUAUGUCCGCCUCCCUGACGACAUUGUGAUCGGCUAUACCGAGGAUGAAAAAGCUAUUAACAAGCUCAUCGAAGAGGUCUUCCCAUCGUUGCAUGCCAAUGCUAUAUCGAGAGAGUACAUGAGCACAUGUGCUAUUCUUUCGACCAAGAACGAUCAUGUCGAUGACCUGAAUGACAAGAUGAUCUCCAAAUUUCCAGGAGAAGAAAAGUUAUACCAUAGCUUCGACUCAAUCGAGGAUGACUUGCAGAAUAAUUACACAAUUGAUUUUCUAAACUCGAUCACACCAAAUGGCUUGCCCCCGCAUGUAUUGAGAUUAAAGGUCAACUGCCCGGUCAUUCUGCUCCGGAACCUCGACCCUCAUAAUGGCCUAUGCAAUGGGACACGGCUUAUGAUUAGAGCCUUCCAGGAUAAUGCAAUCGACGCAGAGAUUGUUGGUGGUCAGCAUGCUGGAAAGAGGGUGUUCAUACCUAGGAUCCCUAUGUCGCCCUCUGAGGACAUCUCACUUCCUUUCAAACUUAAGAGAAAACAGUUCCCCAUCCGCUUGAGUUUUGCGAUGACAAUUAACAAGGCGCAGGGUCAGACUAUCCCAAACGUCGGUAUUUACCUUCCCGAGCCAGUAUUCUCACAUGGUCAGCUAUAUGUUGCAUUGUCAAGGGGAGUCUCUAGAGAGACGACACGGAUUUUGGCCAAGCCAAACAAGGAGGUUGAUCAAUACGGAAAAAGCACAAAGAACAUUGUCUACAGAGAUGUUUUGGGGAGAUGAUGCAGUUUAUCGAAGGAGAAGAAGAAGCGGAUGAGGAGGGAGCUUCAGGAUGUCAGGUGACAAACUGUGCAAAGAAAAAUAUAUGAAACAAAAAGAACUUCUGGAAGCGGCAGGACAAACUGAGUGUGUUGGUACUCCGUGAGACAGAGGAUAAAGAAAGGAGUCGCCACAUGAAGAGAGGCACCCAAAGUUAAAAUGUUGCAGUAGUAAUAACAAGAAUCUAUCAAAGUUAUUGGCUUUUGCUAUUCUUCAGCAUAAGCUAUACUAUAGAGUAUACUUCAGCAUCAGCUAGGAUUUAUACAGAUGGAUUACAUGGUUUUAUGUUUGAGAGGGCUUGGUUCUUCUUAAUGUCAAGCAUUAUUACUUAUUACUACUAUAUGGGCUUUUUGUUAAUGACAAGAGUUA